UCCAGCCUCAGACACUGGACACUGUCUGUGUGACCCUGGGUAAGUCACUUAACCCCAUUGCCUAGCCAAAACCAAAAGAUUAGCAGCAGAGCUGAGUCUAGUACUUGGGUACUGAGCCCAGGGAUUCCCUUAAUGAGUAUGGUAUAGGCAGAACAAGGAAUGAAUGAAGAAGCAUUUGUUAAGUAUUUACUAUGCGUUAAGUGCUGGAAAGACAGUGAAGAAAUGACAGUUCUUGCUCUCAAGUUUACAUUCUAAUGGUUGGUAAGGUAUAGGAAGUUUCAACUGCCAGUCAGAUGGAAAGGCCCAUCUUACAUUACCUGUAGCACAGCACAAUAGUAUAACGUCCUGUCCUCUUGCUGGGAGUGUGAAUAUACCUGGAAGUUCAAAAGAAAUAUGACCUUAAAGUGUAACCAGAUCAGGGAAGAGGAAGGCAGGGGCCAAGUAUAACUCACGGACAGGAUUGGCCUUGGGGAAAGUCAUUGAAGAUCCAGGAGAAGAGCCGGGUGAUGGCAGACAGCCUGUCUUAUUCCUGUAAAGGGAGCAGUGUCUAAGGAUGAGGACCAGGGCAGUGAGUUAGAUUACUGGGGAAUCAGAAAUUAGCUCCCCAUUCAGAUCUCAAAGAUGAGGUCAGAGUCCAGCUCUUAUGUAGUCAUAAAUUGAGUUUCAAGGUGCAAGACCCAGAGAUGAGGGAACCUGGGAGUGGGAGCCCAGUGGGGACAGCCAGAGUCCAAGAGGCAGAGAGACAGUGAUUCUGCUCAUGGACUGCCUGGUGGCAAGCUCCUUGCGGGUAGCAGUGGAAAAGGCAGAGGCUAGGGAGUGCCUGAAGAGGAAGGUAGGUGAGGCAAACCUAAUGACUUCAUCCUGAUGUUAGGCUCUUUCCCCCUACUCUGUAGCUGACUUGACCCCAUCUUCCCCCCUGGACUCCUGACUGUCUAGGAGGAGAGACUGCCCACUCUCCACUUGUCUUCCCAGGGGGAAUAUGACAUGACUGGGGCCCGAGUGGCCCUGACCCUUUGUGCCUUGGGAGGGCAAACUGGAGAGGAUAAGGCAGUUGCUGCUCUGGAGGUUAUGUACCAAGCACUGGGUUUUAAGAACUGCCUUAGAAGAGUGGCCAAGGCGCAGUCUUUCCAGAAAGAACUGGCUGAUUUCCGCGAGCUUCUGGAUGCCCACGGGAGCCCCAUCAGCUGCGCUUUGGUCGUCCUCUUAGCUCACAGUGAAUGUCGAGGGUCGCUUCUGGGGCCAGAUGGGAGGGAGGUGCAAGAGAAGGAGCUGGUUGAAGAACUGAGCCACUGCCAAGCGUUGUGGGGCAAAGCCAAGGUGUUUCUGUUGCUGGGUAGCCACAACACAGAUUUGGAAUCCAAUGCUUUUCUUCCCAUUCUGACAGACCACUGCAGGCACUUUCCCCACUGGCACCUGCUGGAGGUGCUCACCCAGGUCAUUGGCGAAGUAACUCAAGAGAUGCCUACUACCACAGGGCACAGGUGCCCCAUCUUCCAGAGCUCCCUUCGGGGUGCACUGUACUUUGGGAGAACAAGGUCACAGGACCUGGAGCUCAGCCCCAUCCCUCAAGGGGUAUAUGACAUGUCUGGGGAAAAGGUGGCCCUUGUCUUAUGUGUCACCCAGGACCGCCUCGGGGCUGAGCAGGACCUUAAAGGCCUGAAGAGGUUGUUCCAGACUCUGGGCUUUAAGAGCAUUCUGAAGAUGGACCCUACUGCCCAGGAUUUCCGAAAGGAAUUGGCUCAGUUCCGGGAACAUCUGGAUGCUUGUAGGACCACUGUGAGCUGUGCCCUGAUAGCCCUCAUGGCCCAUGGGGAACCUCAGGGACGGCUUCUAGGGGCUGAUGGACAGAUAGUGGAAGUGGAAGAGAUGGUGAGAGAGCUGAGUGCUUGUCAGGUCCUGCAGGGUAAGGCCAAAAUUUUUCUGCUGCAGGGGUGCCGUGGAGAUAACAGAGACCCAGGCGUGAGACCUAGAGCUUGGCCCUGGCUAGGACGUUGGCUACAACACUGGCUGCAGAGGCCUUCAACUAUCCCCUCUCAUGCAGACAUCCUUCGGGUUUAUGCUAACAUGCAAGAUGUCUCCUCCAGGGAGGACUUUCCUAGGAAUACAGACCAAGUGGAUAUCUUGAGAGUUUAUUCAGCUGCAGAAGGCUAUGUGGCAUACCGGGAUGAGAAUGGCUCAGACUUUAUCCAGACUCUUGUAGAAGUUAUCACAGCUGACCCUCACCAGGAUCUUUUGGAGCUUCUGACGGAAGUAAACAGGCAGCUGUGCGAGAUGGAUGUGCUUGGUCCAGACUGUGAUGAAAUACGAAAGAUGAACUUGGAGAUCAGGAGCUCCUUGAGAAAACGAUUAUAUCUGAAGGUCUGAGAGCCGGAAAGCAAGGCAGUGAAUCUGGACCUUCAAGGGCCCUAUCCCUCAAUCUUUCACAACUUUUUUUGUCUUUCUUUCCCCAGUGCCUGGCACAUAAUAGGUACUUAAUAAAUUCCUUUUUCCC